AUGGCUGCUAAGAAACUGAGAAGAGCAAGGUUGUCUCAGGAGCUGUGUGAAAGGCUGAGUCGCCAUCAGAUCACUACUUGUCAGGACUUUUUAUGUCUUUCCCUCUUGGAGCUAAUGAAGGUGACGGGACAGAGCUACUACAACGUGCAGAAGCUUCUUUGUAAAGUCAGCCAAGCUUGUGCUCCCAAAAUGCAGACAGCUUAUGAAAUGAAACUGAGGAAGUCUGUCAAUCCCUCUUCAGCCUUUUUAUCCACCACACUGCACAGUUUGGAUCAAGUCUUGCAUGGUGGAGUGCCCUGUGGAUCCCUCACAGAGAUAACCAGCCCACCAGGUUGUGGCAAAACCCAGUUUUGUAUGAUGCUGAGUGUUCUGGCCACGCUGCCCGUAAGCAUGGGGGGGCUGCAUGGGGCUGUGAUAUACAUCGACACGGAGGCUGCCUUCAGUGCUGAGAGGUUGAUUGAGAUAGCAGGAAACAGAUUCCCUACUUAUUUUGACUCGGAUGAAAAGCUCUUCUGCAUGACCUGUAACAUUCACCUGUACCGAGAGCUGACCUGUGGCAGUGUACUGAAGAGGAUUAUGUCUUUGGAAGAAGAAAUUAUUUCAAAGAAAGUUAAACUCAUAAUAAUUGACUCUGUUGCUUCAGUUGUCAGAAAGGAGUUUGACACCAAACUCCAAGGCAACCUGGCAGAGAGAAGUAACUUUUUGGCCAGAGGAGCAUCAGUGCUGAAGUAUUUGGCAGAGGAAUUCUCAAUACCAGUAGUAGAGGAACCAAUGAGAAGAGGCACACUGCUAGACCUUGUAUUAACAAAUAAAGAAGGGCUGGCUGGGGACAUGAAGAUUGGGAACAGCCACCACGACAUGGUGGAGUUUAGCACUUUACAAGGUAGAAGCAAGGCAAUAAGUAGGACUACAACCCUGGACUUCCGCAGGGCUAACUUUGCACUCUUCAAAGAUCUGCUUGCAGGAAUCCCAUGGGCUAAUACUCUAAAGG